UAUUUGGGCUCCACCCCCUGAAUUACAGGCGGGGUUUAUUGUUUUCUCGCGCAUGUGGAUAUUUAUGUCUGUCUGCGGUCCGUUACAUUGUUUGAUCUCCGUGUUCCAGACGGAAUAUUAUUUUAUUAACAUUUACAGACUCUCGAUACUGUAGAUGUGCCUAAAGUGUCAGUGAUUUUUUUGAGUCAUUUGGAGGUUGGCGCGUGAGAACCAACAAAUCUGAGUAUGAAGAAUGAACACUGAAAACACCUCGGAGCCUGUUUAUAAUGGGCUUCUCCAUCUUCAGGAAAUGACUGAUAUUUAAAGCACCAUGCCUCCAGUGACCUCUCAGGAACUCCCUCUCAACAUCUAUGUGGUCAUCUUUGGCACUGGGAUAUUUAUCUUUGUCUUAAGCUUGAUAUUCUGCUGCUUCUUUAUAAGUAAAUUGAGACAUCAGGCUCGGAAUGUGAGAGCCGGAUACAAGAUGGUCGUAUUUAAAGAUGAAACAACACGGUUACACACACAUGGGUUAACAUGUGCCGUCUGUUUGGAGGACUUCAGGACAAAAGAUGAGCUUGGAGUGUUACCAUGCCAACACUCCUUUCACAAAAGGUGUUUGGUGAAGUGGCUGGAGGUGAGAUGUUCAUGUCCCAUGUGUAACGACAACCCCAUCAGCGCUGCUUUGGGACAAACGCACAGCCCGGGAAACUUGCUGGAUGAGUUGCUUUAAGCCUCCCUUUCUGCCAAACACCUGGUUACGGACACUUCCAGUGCUAUACGGACAACAUUUUUACCUAGAAAUCUCAUAGAGUUCAAGCGAAUAGCACUGCUGUUGUAAAACAUAAUGUUUUUGUAUAUGUGGUUAAAAAAUGUUUGCAGAAUGUUUACACAAUAAAUAUUGUGAGUUUCUUU